CCAAAAAAAAAAAAUUACAAUGGCUACAAUCACAUCCACGUCGGUGACCACGGUGGCAAACAAAAUUCCCAAAUAAGUUGAAGAAAAAACCCUAGAAAAAUUGGAAGCCAGAAAAAUUAGAUACUGUUUUGAGAUAUUCCAACUAUAAAUACAGAAACUUUUUUUCACGUAGAGAUCACAAUUGAGAAGUUUUUUCAAAGUAUUAAUUUUUUCACAAACUUUUUUAUUAUUAGCAGAAAGAUGAUUAGGGCUUUUGUUGGGAGCAUAAUAAGAAAGGGUCUCUCAGUAUUGUUUGUAGCAAUAAAGGGAAGUGGUAGUUCAGAAGAACAUUUGAUGUAUUUCAAUGAUGAAGUUGAUGAUGAAACUGUGGAAGGGUAUUUCACUGUUCUUGCCACAAAGGGCAAAGAAACAAGAAGGUUCAGUGUUGAGUUAGAUUGCUUGACUGAUCCUGCAUUCUUGGGACUUCUUGAUCAAGCUGAAGAAGAGUAUGGCUUCAGACAGAAAGGAGCUAUUUCUGUUCCUUGUAGGCCUCAAGAACUUCAGAAGAUUCUAGAUGAUAUGAAAGCAUAGACUUCAAUCAAGAAGCUAAGCUUCAUAUAUGUGCAUCUUGUUAAUUAAUUAAGAUAAUCAACUACUAAUUAAUACUACUACUAUAGUUUAACAGUUGGCUAAGGAUUAUACCAAUUACCAACAAGUAUUACUUGCUCACUUUAAUCUUUAGUCAAUUGGUUGUUAAGUUUCUCUUGAAAUCAAUAAAACUAUACUUGUGUAUGCA